UUGGUUGCUCAAGAAAAUUUCACUUCUUCUAUCAUCCUUCUAUAUAUAUUAUGGCUUUUGAUUUCAAGCCCCAAACCCUACAUUUGUCUUAUCUUCCUCUCCUGUUUCCGCCCAUCAAUAUUAGAAUAUGAGUCGUAAAUUUGACUGCAUAAAAGACAUCAGCGACAAGAAGGAAACAUGGAGAUUGGCUGUUCGAAUUAUUGAUCUAUGGAGCGUUGUUAACAGUAAGGGUGCUGAACAUCUGGAGAUGGUUAUCAUGGAUGCUGCGGGUGAUCGAAUUCAAGUUUUGAUUCGGGCUGAUCAUACAGAUAAGUGGAAAUCAAGAAUUCAAGAGAAUAUGACUUGCAUAAUCAACAACGGUACUGUAUUUGAUAACGAUUUUCAGUGGAAGCUGUGUGACCAUUCAAAGAAAUUCGUGUUCCUUGGUGGUACGACCAUGAAACACAUGGAUGUACAAAAUAUUCCUCCUCUGAAGUAUUAUUUCAAAGAGUUUUGCGAAAUUAAUGCAGGCAAAUGUCAUCUUAACAGACUUGAAGAUAUUAUAGGUGUUGUACAUGAGAUAAACAAUAUGCAAUCAAACACUCCAGGAAAGAAGACAUUUGUGGCCCUCAGUCUCAAAAUUUGA